UUCGGCUCAUUUGUUUUAAGUCUGCUUGUCUAGAAGGUCGAGAUAUCGGUCGGUGAUUUGUAUUUGAAAUAGAAAUAAAUAAUUAGUAAAGCGUAAAUAUGAGGGAAAUAGUGCAUAUUCAGGCUGGUCAAUGCGGCAACCAGAUUGGUGCUAAGUUCUGGGAAGUGAUAUCAGACGAGCAUGGCAUCGAUCCCACUGGCACCUACCACGGAGACUCCGAUCUGCAGCUGGAGAGGAUCAACGUGUACUACAACGAGGCCACGGGCGGCAAGUACGUCCCCCGAGCCAUCCUGGUGGACCUGGAGCCCGGCACCAUGGACUCCGUGCGAUCAGGGCCCUUCGGACAGAUCUUCAGGCCCGACAACUUCGUCUUCGGCCAGUCUGGAGCUGGAAACAACUGGGCCAAAGGCCACUACACCGAAGGCGCGGAGCUGGUAGACUCCGUUCUGGACGUCGUCAGGAAAGAAGCAGAAGGCUGCGACUGUCUCCAGGGCUUCCAAUUGACACACUCGCUCGGCGGUGGUACCGGUGCUGGUUUGGGAACGCUCUUAAUCUCGAAGAUCCGGGAAGAAUACCCUGACCGCAUCAUGAACACUUUCAGCGUCGUCCCAUCCCCAAAAGUGUCUGACACUGUUGUCGAGCCCUACAACGCUACCUUAUCCGUGCACCAGCUGGUAGAAAACACUGACGAAUCAUACUGCAUUGACAACGAGGCGCUUUACGAUAUCUGCUUCCGAACACUAAAGCUGACCACACCGACCUACGGCGAUCUGAACCAUCUCGUCUCCGCUACGAUGUCUGGUGUCACCACUUGCCUCCGAUUCCCUGGUCAACUGAACGCGGAUUUGAGGAAACUGGCUGUCAAUAUGGUGCCGUUCCCUCGUCUGCAUUUCUUCAUUCCUGGAUUCGCGCCCUUGACAUCUCGCGGCAGUCAACAGUACCGCGCGCUGACAGUUCCCGAGUUGACGCAGCAGAUGUUUGAUGCGAAGAACAUGAUGGCUGCAUGUGACCCUCGCCAUGGCAGAUAUCUGACCGUGGCAGCCGUAUUCAGAGGCAGGAUGUCCAUGAAGGAGGUCGAUGAGCAGAUGAUGAAUAUCCAGAACAAGAACUCGUCGUACUUUGUGGAAUGGAUUCCGAAUAACGUAAAGACUGCCGUGUGUGACAUCCCACCGCGAGGCUUGAAGAUGUCUGCUACCUUCAUUGGGAACUCGACGGCUAUACAAGAGUUGUUCAAGCGUAUUUCUGAGCAGUUCACUGCUAUGUUUAGACGCAAGGCCUUCUUGCAUUGGUACACUGGCGAGGGUAUGGACGAGAUGGAAUUCACAGAAGCCGAGAGUAACAUGAACGACCUGGUGUCUGAGUACCAGCAGUACCAGGAUGCCACUGCCGAGGAGGAGGGCGAGUUCGACGAGGAAGAAGAGGGUGGUGAUGAAGGAGACUAG